CUCGCGAGACGACGGCGAUUGUUGGCAUUGUUGGGUGCACGGUACCAGUUUGGUGGCUCGGCGCUGAGUCCAGUGAGUAAAGCCGAGGGACAGAAACCGACGCCAUGGGUCUGCUUUCCGUGAGUGUCGGGCCCUUUCGGAACCGAGUGCCGACGGUUCGGACGUGGAGCCGAGACUUAUCCACAAUUUCAGCUACUUUACGCAACAGCGGAGCGCUCGCGUUGAAGACGUCACUAAUCCAAAGGAAAUGUGGAGGAUUUUAUCAACACAGCUUCUCACUUGCUCGGUUACUUAGCUCAAACAAACCACCAAGAGGUUUUGAAAAGUUUUUCCCAAAGAGUGAAGAAAGCCCUGGCGUCAACAAAUCUGUUGAAGAUGAAAAUACUAAAGAACAAGAGUCUCCUGGAAGGGAGGGGCAGUACACAAAUGACGAUGGGGACAAAGGACGAAGAGGAGGAAAAAAGGAAGAAUCACACUGGUGGACGCGAUUUCAGGAUGAUUUUCCCUUGGAUGAAAAAGCAGUACGGAAUCUUGCCAUUGGUGCAGCAGGCGUGGCUUCAGCUUUUCUGUACUUUUACUUCCGAGAGACGGGGGCCCAGAUCUCCUGGAAGGACUUUGUGCAUCAAUACUUGAGCAGAGGCUUGGUGGAUCACCUGGAGGUUGUCAACAAACAAUAUGUAAAAGUGUUUCCUGCCCAUGGAGUGCACACAUCAGAAGUGAGCUAUUUGUGGUUCAACAUUGGCAGCGUUGAAUCAUUUGAGCAUAACCUGGAGAAGGUCCAGCAGGAAAUGGGUCUUGACUCCCCACACAAAGUACCUGUAUUCUACAACACUGAAAGUGAUGGAACAUUUCUUGUUAGUGUUCUCCCAACCGUACUUCUGGUUGGCUUUUUGCUUUUUGCCAUGCGGCAGAGACCAAUGGCAGGUGGACGUGGAGGCAGGGGGCGAGCAAACCCCUUUAGCAUGAGUGAAUCCAAAGCCAAGAUAAUCAAAGACAACAUCAACGUGAGAUUCAAGGAUGUUGCAGGCUGUGAAGAAGCCAAACUGGAGAUCUUAGAGUUUGUCAACUUUCUGAAGAACCCACGUCAGUACCAGGACCUCGGAGCCAAGAUCCCAAAGGGUGCAUUGUUAUCAGGGCCACCUGGAACCGGGAAGACCUUGCUAGCUAAGGCCACUGCAGGGGAGGCCAAUGUUCCCUUCAUCACCGUCAGCGGCUCAGAGUUUCAGGAAAUGUUUGUUGGCGUGGGCCCAGCAAGGAUAAGGGAUAUGUUUGCCACAGCACGAAAAAAUGCCCCCUGCAUCCUUUUCAUUGAUGAGAUUGACGCAGUGGGCAGAAAGAGAGGCAGAGGGAACUAUGGCGAUCAGAGCGAGCAAGAAAACACCCUUAACCAGUUGCUUGUGGAAAUGGACGGGUUCAACAGUUGCACCAAUGUGGUAGUUUUGGCUGGCACCAAUCGAGCUGAUGUCCUGGAUCCGGCUCUGAUGAGGCCUGGACGCUUUGAUCGACACAUAUACUUAGGCCCACCAGAUAUUAAAGGAAGGGCAUCCAUCUUUAAGGUGCAUUUAAGACCUCUGAAGUUGGACUCCAUUAUAGAAGUAGAGGCUUUGGCCAGAAAGCUAGCUGCACUAACCCCAGGUUUUACUGGGGCUGAUAUUGCUAAUGUGUGUAAUGAGGCCGCCCUAAUAGCUGCACGUCACCUCAAUCAUUAUAUAAACACUAAGCACUUUGAACAGGCAGUUGAAAGAAUUAUUGGAGGUCUGGAGAAAAAGACUCAGGUACUGCAGCUUCCAGAGAAGACUACCGUGGCGUAUCAUGAGGCCGGACAUGCUGUGGCGGGCUGGUUCCUAGAACAUGCAGACCCCCUACUUAAGGUGUCCAUUGUUCCCAGAGGGAAAGGUUUGGGUUAUGCCCAAUAUCUGCCUAAGGAACAGCACCUGUUCACCCGGGAGCAGCUGUUUGACAGAAUGUGCAUGAUGCUGGGCGGUCGAGUGGCUGAGCAGGUUUUCUUUCGUCAAAUCACCACUGGAGCACAAGAUGACCUAAGAAAAGUCACGCAGUCUGCCUAUGCACAGGUUGUAGAGUUUGGAAUGAAUGAGGCAAUGGGUCAGAUUUCUUUUGACCUCCCUCAGCAGGGCAGCAUAGUUACUGAGAAACCUUUCAGCGAAACUACAGCCCAGCUUAUAGACCAGGAGGUCCGCUUGCUCAUAGAUGCUGCCUUCCAGCGAACACUUCAGCUUGUCACUGAUAAGAAGGAAAUGGUGGAGAAGGUGGCAAAACAUCUUCUAGAAAAAGAGACUCUAGAAAAGGCUGACAUGGUAGAGCUGCUUGGACCUCGUCCCUUUCAAGAAAAGUCAUCAUAUGAGGAGUUUGUUGAAGGGUUGGGGGAAUUUGAAGAGGAAACCUCUCUUCCUGAAGGGCUAAAGAACUGGAACAAGAAGAGAUGUGAUGAGAAGCCCCGGCAGAAUGGGCAAAAAAAAUCAGCCCUGUACCUGUGUGGGGGCAUGCAGUCUCAAGGCAAAUAUUCCACCAGAUUCAGGUGAAUAUUUCUGAAGUGCAGCACCACCUGGUCCAGACUGCCCUGGUUCAUCUCACUGACAGCUGCAGAGAGGAGGGAUGUCGAGAUUAUGAGAUGUAUAUGUUUUUUUUAUUGUAGUUUUUAUAUUGAAGCAGGAAUUCUAAAAAGCCACUGAUCAUGAAUUAAAGUGCAAUUAAAAGACAGUAAGCUAAU